AUGCUCAAGCAGUUGCAGUCUUUUGACAUUCGUUCUGCCAAGUGCAGCGUUGAGGAGGAUCGCACGUUGCUGGAGGCGAUCGUUGCCCGGGUGUAUGAUGGGAUCGACGACGCCCCGAUCAGCGUCGUUUUCAGUGCAGAUGAGAACAUCACAAGUUAUCCAGACUUUGCGGAGUGCUUGCAGAUCUUCAAUGAGCAAGUGCGCGGGCCCCUCUUCAGCGAACUUCGGCGCGAUCUGGGCGAGGGUUCUGGGGGCCGUGCUGACGGCCGAGACCGAGACCGGGUUUCAUCCGCUCAAUGCGGGCUCUUGCGUCAUGGUUUGGCUUUGUGGGCUGGGUCUCUACGUACACCUGUUUCUCCUCAUGGGUCUUGGGAACGCCCUUCUGAUGAUCACCCUGACAAAACCGCCGUCCUUACCAUGGUUUGCCGGGUUUGGUGCCAUCGCGCCUUGGCCAGAUUCCGGCAAAACCCGUCCAAGACGAACAUUGCUAUGGACGAUCCAGAAGGAAUUGCUGUCCAUCACUCCACAGUCUUCGUCUCUGACACCGUGAACCACCGCAUUAUCAUGGUGCCCAUCCUCGAGUACGAGACCCUGGGCUGUUUCGAGGUUGCAAACUACCUCGGCUGCUACGACACGCGGGACCGCGAAAAUUAUGGCUUUCGCAAGAAGCACUGGGCAUCAUCGCUCGACGACGUCAUGUUCAAAUGCAGUAUGUUCAGAUAUGUGGUCCUGGAGUGCCCAUCGGAAGCGAGGGCAGUGUUUUGGUGCACCAACCAGCUCUUUCCGGAGACCAUGAAGCUCGAGCACGAAAACUGCUAUGGCGACCCGCGUAGCGCCAAGAAGCUGAACGGAGGGAGCAACGGGCUCUGCUCGGGUGGCCUCUCUUGGAAGGCUCUGUCGCACUUGGAGGUAGAAAAGCGGGACUGGCAAGUCCAUUUUGGGCCGCUGGAGAAUGAGGAUGGCGUUGCACAGGCCAUUGCCAAUCGCGCUCAACGGCCUUCCGGGGCAACCGGCCACAUGGGGGAACGCCUGGGCCAAAUGCGGCUGUUCGCGCAGCUGUGGCAAAAGCUUUCGCUUGGAUCUUGCAGCAAUGACGACGGAUUCAAGGCCGUGCUUCUUGAACAGGGGGCGCAUCCGGAGGCGCCGCCAGGUGCAGAGGAGGACAGAGCCCGACAAGACAGAGCUGCUUCCGUGGCUCAUCUACGCCCUUUGAAAGCUGGCGCCACUUUGCGAGCAGACAAGGAGGAUGCAAGGCCGAUGCCGCCCACAAAGGAGAUCAAGAAGGCCAGGCGAAGCUUCAUAGAUUCGCAAGCGCCCAAGACACACAGGGAUGACGACCAGGUGUCCGUUUGGAUCGAGUACGUCAAGGAGCAGAGCCAAGCAUCUUCGACCAAGGAGAAAUUCGAGCUGAAGUUUACUGUUGCAAAAGUUGACAAUGGCACCGAUCCUCUGUUCUCUUUGCUCCGAGAUUGCGUGGUGCCGUCUGGAUCUUGCGUUCUCAUAAGCGACACCAUGCUCGCUUGCAUCCGCCGAGUUCUCAAGACAGGCAAGCAGGGCUCGGGGCUCACGCUGGUCACAGAUUUUACGUACAAGUUGAACAGGGCCAGAGGCAUCGAUCUGCUGUCAGUCGUGCGCUAUGUCUUGAUGGACGGCGCGACGGCCGGCAGGAACGCGACCGCGAAGGAGGACGCUGUCGCUAUCCGAAGCGUCGUUUUCUUUACGGCGCCUCUGCCUACGAUUCGACUUUUCCAUGCUUGCUGGCAGACAACUCUCCAUGACUUCGAGCAGAAGGGCAAAGCCAAGACGCUGAAAUAUCUGAAAGAGCACAUUUUGGAAGCCAGCGACGACGGCGAGUUUUGGGCGUCCGGUUGGGCCAGCGGGCUGUGGAAUGCCCCGCCUGGCCAUGGACCACAAACUUGCCAGCAAAGCUUGGAACGCUACAACAGGACGAUCAAGCAAACCAUGCCGGCAGGCUAUCACCUGCUCAGUCUGCCUGACAUGGUCAAGAGCCUGGACAGUUGCAAUCGAACCAUAAUGGUCGACCGCGGGCAUGUGGAUGGUCAAGAUGAACGGCGGGUCCUCUUCCAGCCGACGGACCCCAGCGUACCUUGUCAAAAGCUUUUAGCGGCAGACUGGGUGAGGCCAGGCAGGGACGAAAUUGGGGAGCAAGUCUGCCUUGCUCCGGUUCAGCGUGUUUACGUCAUGCCCUUGAAGCAGUACAAUCUCAGCAUUGACUCCGACUGUCACCGCAAAUUUGUGGCUUUGCUCACAGCGGAUGAUGCCGCAUCAUAUCGUGCGGCAGCGUCUGAUCUGAAUCUGCUCAAGGACGGUCGACUCAGCCUCCCUCGGCUUCGGGUUCGUUUUGGCGCUUUGGCUAUGACGCUGAAACUCCAAAGACGCUUCCAUGGCCACGUGAUCGUUUGCACCUGCAGCUACUUCAGCAUGCAUGGAACAUGCGUACACCAUCUGCUCACGCGCUGGAUGGAACGUGACCCCGCGGUUCGCCUUGCUGACGUCUCGGAGUUUACUGCCAAACCAGUGUCUCCGACUCCAGAAGGCGCAGAGGAAGCUUUGCGCCAGCGGCUCCUGCCGCGAGGACAGGAUUCGACCGCUGUGUUUUCAAACAAUUCCCUUCAAUAA